AUGGGUGCGAAUAUCGACGUCGAAGAAUCGGCCGCUGUGACCUCUCCUGGCAACAUCGAGAAAAACGAGACAAGCCAGCAGCCUUACGAAAAAGAAGAGCAUGUCUACGACACAGGUCUUGAGCCAUGGAUGCAAGUGCUUGGUUCAUGGUUUCUGUUCUUCAAUUCAUGGGGAGUGAUUAACACAUGGGGCGCUUUCCAAACAUACUACGAGCAGAACCUACUCUCGAACAUGUCGUCGUCGGAUAUCGCCUGGAUUGGAUCGUUGCAGUCUUUCCUUCUCAUGCUGUUCGGAGUUGUUACAGGUCCACUUUUUGAUGCUGGAUACUUCCGGUACCUCAUCACCUUUGGCAACAUCAUGAUGCCGUUCGCUUUGAUGAUGGUCAGUAUCUCUUCGAAGUACUGGCACCUGAUCCUUGCGCAAGGUAUUGUCAUCGGACUUUCCAGUGGAUGUUUGUUCGUCCCAUCUGUCGCCAUUCUGCCGCAAUACUUCAAGAAGAGAAGAGGUCUGGCCAACGGAAUCGCGGCGUCGGGAAGCAGUAUUGGAGGUGUGGUGUAUCCCAUCAUGUUCAACCAACUCCAACAAAAGGUUGGAUUCCCAUGGGCGACGCGCGCAGUCGGCUUCCUCUGCCUGGGGACAAUCUGCAUCUCCCAACUCACAAUGAAACUGCGAUUCUCUCCCAAGGAAAAGCGCAAGCUUUUCAUCAUCUCCGCUUUCAAGGAACCCCAAUUCGUCAUGUUCUGCAUCGCCAUGUUCCUGGGUUUCAUGGGCUUCUACAACUUCCUCUUCUACGUCCAGUCCUACGCCAUCGACACGGGCAUCGUCGGCUCGAAGCUGGGCUUUUACCUUCUCGCCAUGCUCAACGCCGGUUCCACAUUCGGCCGUAUCUUUCCUAACUUCAUCGCUGAUCUUACGGGUCCUUUGAACGUGCUUACUCCCGCCGCUACAGCAACCGCUAUCCUGGCCUUUGCCUGGAUUGGUGUCCACAAUGUCCCCGGUAUCAUCGUCCUGGCUGUCUUAUACGGUCUGUGCUCCGGUGGAUUCGUCUCUCUGCCAGCUGUGGUUAUGGCCACUAUGACCAAGGAUGUUCGAGAACUGGGAACCCGUCUGGGAAUGGUCUUUGCGGUGACCUCGAUUGGAUUGCUAAUUGGUACUCCUAUCGGUGGUGCUAUUUUGAGCGACUCGGGGUCGUACCUGGGUGUUCAGCUGUUCACUGCUUGUUGUCUUAUCACUGCUUCUGGGUUUUUUGUGACAUUGCGACUUAUGCGCACGGGAAUCACAUUCAAGGUUCGGGCAUAA